AUGGAUGGAACUGUGGUCCUGAUUCUUUUAGCUUUAGUGAUGUUAAUUGGAUCCUAUGUUGCUGGGAGCAUACCGCUCAAUGUCUCUAUGUCAGAGGAGAAACUUCUGAAAGUGACCGUGUUUGGUGCUGGUCUCCUAGUGGGUACAGCACUCGCCGUCAUCAUACCCGAGGGUGUGCGAUCUCUGUUCGCGGAACAAACAGUCGUCACAAAGGACUACACGCCCGAACCUGCCACUAAGAGCGACUUGCAUUCGGUUAUCGGAAUAUCGCUUGUUCUAGGUUUCAUAUUCAUGCUCCUGGUGGACCAGCUGUCGUCGAGGUAUAACGGCUCUUCGAACCCAGUCGAGAAGAACGUCACGGCCACCGUCGGUCUUGUGGUGCACGCUGCUGCGGACGGGAUAGCGCUAGGUGCCGCGGCGACCACGUCCCACGCCGACGUGGAGCUGAUCGUGUUCCUGGCCAUCAUGCUACACAAGGCGCCCGCCGCCUUCGGCCUCGUUACCUUCCUCCUGCACGCCGGGCUCGAGAGGAAUAGAAUUCGCAAACACCUCCUGAUAUUCUCAUGUUCUGCGCCGUUGCUCGCCAUACUCACCUACUUCGGGAUCGGGAACGAGAGCAAACAGACCCUCACAGACUUCAACGCUACUGGCAUCGCCAUGCUGUUCUCGGCCGGGACGUUCCUCUACGUGGCCACGGUGCACGUUCUGCCCGAGAUAACGAACCCUCACCCGACGCACACGCUGCUGCCCCUCCAGGAGGGUUUGCCCCCCCAAGCGGGGAUUCUCGGGUCUUCAAGUGGUGGACGUGGUGAUCCUAGCCUUCGGGGCCCUGCUCCCGGUGGUACUGACCAUGGGCCACGAACAUUGAUAUUUGCCUUACUUGUAUAG